UAAAUUCUUGUUUGUAGUAAUUUGUUGUCACUUUUUAGAUUAUAAUAUAACCUAUGACAUAUAAAUACAAAAAUGACAUUGACGCAAUUGUGCGUAAGACUAUUCAAGUGUCCAAUGUUGAAGUUAAACUGCUUUGCAGAGGCUCCACGUAGUGCCCCGGAUGAGGAUGUUGAAAGUUGGUCAGACGUAAGCACAGUUGAACUAGAUCUGUCAAGUAAUAGACUAGACCUCAAUAUGGAGGAUAUACCAGUGCCCACAGAAAAUACUUUUGAUGUGACAUUACCAGCAACACAUUCUUAUUUAGGACAAAAUUUGGAAGAAUUGAGAGGAAGGACUAUACUUGAUGACGGUAUUUAUAUGAACCUACCAUUAUUUAUAAAGCAAUCUGUAUUAUUUCCUGGACAAACAUUACCCAUGACAGUCUUCGGUGCACAGACUAUAGAUAUGUUACGAACUUGUAUACAAAACGAUCGUACUUUUGGUGUGGUAUGUUAUGGUUAUCCUGAGAUGGAGCGAAUAGGUACGACUGCUGAAAUCUACGAAUACACGGAUGGAGGUAUAUGGCUGGAUCAUGGUCGGGGAGAGUUUCGUUUAAAAGCCAAAGGCAGACAACGCUUUAAGAUAUUACGUGUUAUUACGCAGGACAACAAUAAAAUUUCGGCCAAUGUUAAAGUAUUACCAGAGAUAACACUUGAGCCACCAUUUUUGGAUCAACGUUUGGCCUCAUUAGAUCGUUUAAGAAUUUCUAUCGACACUGAGGAAGAUAUGAAAAAACAAGAAAGAGUAGAAAACAUGGAUGCUGCACUAACUCCUUGGCCAGCUUGGGUCUAUAGGCAGUAUGACCCUGUGAGGCUCUCUUUUAGAAUACGUCAACAUCUGCAAUUUCUUGAAACUAGAGGUGGUAGUGUACCUAAAGAUCCCAUAGAUUUGUCUUUCUGGGUUGCACAAAAUAUCUUAAUGGAUCACAAUGAAAGACUCAUGUUAUUAAGUUAUGAUUGUGCUAUUUCUCGAUUGCAAAGAGAAAUAAAGUAUCUUGUAGAAGAUAAGAUAUAUGUAUGCGUUAAUUGCGAAUCUUUUAUUGGGAGACAAUCUCACAUGUUUCCGAUGAAUAAGGAAGGCCCACAGGGUACUUAUGUUAAUCCUGGUGGUAUCAUACAUGAAACCAUAACUUUUUAUCAUAUUCAAGGAGUCAUACUUAGUCCUUCGACUCCUUCAAUUGAAUACAGUUGGUUUCCAGGAUAUGCUUGGACAGUAGCCAACUGUAAAAGCUGUCGUCAUCAUGUUGGUUGGAAGUUUACAGCAGUCGAAAGUAAUUUAAGGCCCAAAGAAUUUUGGGGUUUAACGCGCAGAAGUUUGAAAAAUAAAGACUUGAAAGUUAAGAAGAAGAAAUAAAGAGAGCAUCAAAAGAAAUUGCAUUAACUGUACAUUAGGCGUCGUAAAUGUUUUAGCAGUGAUUAGAUGGAUAUUUUGGAAA